UGUUUUUCGAUGAAUUAAUUUAAAUAUGUAAUGUUUAAAAAUCAUUAUUAUAAAGUAAUUACUAUAUAAAUGGAAUAAUAUGGAAGAUAAAAUGCUAUGAAAAUGUUAUUAUGAAAAGGUCACGGGGUAGAUCGCAUAGAUCCCAGGGGUAGAAGGUUGUUUCGGCCGCACCCCGGCAUCGCGACGUCAGUCGAUGUUCCAACGUGGCUCAACAAGUACACGCGGUAGCGUGCAGUUAGUUCAAAUAUUUUAAAAUGUUUCGCACAAUAUAAGUUGGUUAUUCCUUUAUUUUAUUGAAAAAUAUAUUGAAGAAAAGCACAACAAACAAUUAUUACUUCAGAAAUAUCAAUAUUGUUGUAGUUAUUUGUUCACUGAACAAAUAAUAGUAAAACAUUACAUUAGCGAACUAUUGAUGUGAAAUACUGUUUACUAAAUCAUUUCAUCUAUUAUUUAAAAUUCAUUAUGAAUACUAAUGAAGUUAAAUUACUGAUUAUGUUUAAAAAAAAGAAAAGCAGAAGAUACUAUCGGUAAUGUUAAUUCAUACAAUAAUAAUUGUAUUAUUAAUUUUGAAAGGAAUAUUUUUGAAUGACAUCCAAAAUAAUGAAUGGGGAUAAGUGGGAGGGAAAGUGGCCUAAACAGCAAUCGCAGGCUAAUAAAACAGUAAGAAGGAAUAUUAGGCGAAAUGAAAAGUCUGGAUUAAAAUUAGCAAAAUCCUCUAGAGGAACAACACCUAGAGAGAGAACUCUUAGAAGAUUGGAGAGUAAUGAAAGAGAAAGAAUGAGAAUGCACAGUUUGAAUGAUGCAUUUCAGUCAUUGCGUGAAGUAAUUCCACAUGUAACUAAGGAACGACGAUUAUCCAAAAUUGAAACAUUAACUCUGGCAAAAAAUUAUAUAGUUGCCCUGACAGAUGUGAUAUGUGAAAUGAGAAAUGAAGAAAAAGCUACAGAUCAGCGAAUAGAAGUUUCAGAAUCUCAGGAAUCAUCCAAAAAUAUGAAUAUUUGUCUAAAUAUGAAUAUUCCAAUUCCUUCAAAAUCUUGUAGUUAGGGAACUUUUAAUUUUUAUCAGAAUCAAAGAUUUAUGAAAGAACACAAUUCUAAGAAUAAUGCAGGCCUAUAAAAUGAUGAAAAUUAUUUUUUAACGUUGAAGUUGGUUUCAAUAUUAAAACUACUUCAAGAGUACUCUGAUUGAAUUUGUCAAAGCUUUAUAUAAUUUAUAUAUUGAAAAAAAAAGAAGAAAGUAACUUAUAUAACUUAUAAAUUAAUGCUUAAUUUAAAUCUUUCUUUUUUUCAAUUUAUUUAUACCAUUUUAGAAAGAU